AUGGAGGAAGGUAUCAGUGCAACAGCAUACAAAACAGAAAGAAGUUUCAACAAUCAAAUUGUGCUCAACACCCCAAUAGAAGCAACAUUCUCUUCUACAAAUCCAUUUAAAUGUAAAAACAAACUUUUACCGGAAAAACAUUUACAAACUUUAAUAAAAACAUUUAUAAAUUCUGGAGAAACAAACUUGUUCCGGAAAAACAUUAAACAAAACAAGUUGUAA